AUGUCCCUCUAAGAUAGUAUUAUAGUGGAGACUUAGUGCUACAAUAUUAUUUCGAAUCCCUUACAUUAGUCUGAUGUAUGUGGUGCAAAAUAUAUUGGAGAAGAAAGUUACUACACUAAAAGACCCAAUUACUCUGCUUAGUUUUAACUGGGAAACACAUAAGCUACUUUGUAAUUUAUACCAUCUAAUGAAUUUAACUAUAUUGGUCGUAGAACACUUUGCUUUUCAAGUCUAACAAAUCAUCAAGUUAAUGCCUUUGUCUAAUUAUUUGAAGAGAAAUUAAUUUCAAAACAAGUAGCUUACAUUAACUUGAAUAUAACUACUAAAGAUAGUGCUGAUGACUCGAUUGAUGGAACACUUGACAUAGGAGAGCCAGAUUUGUCUUUAGUUAAAUAAGGAUCUAACUUAGUUGAAUUGGAUUAAAGUGGUUAUUAAGAUUUAGGAAACUAUAGCUCUUAUUGCAAUAAGGUUACUUAUUCAGGAUAAAACUUAGACCUCUAUGGCUUUAUUCAUAUUAACUUUAAUUCUCCUUUCACCGUACUUCAUGAUGCAGCUCUUAAUUAAAUCCUUAGUACAUUUAAUUAAAAUGGUAUUAAAUACAGAAUAGACUAACCUUCAAAAUACAGGUCUCCUUUGAUUUAUUUACCUUCUGUAGAAAAGUUGGAACCUUUGCAAUUUUAAUUCAAAACAGUAGAAGGAAAUGAUUUUGCUAUUACACUCUAGGCUUAUCAACUUUACAAAUAGUUACCAAGCGGUGAAUACUAGUUAUUAAUCUAAAGUUAACUACCUUAUUUAAACUAUUAGUCUAUUGGCUCAGCUGUUUUUUAGGAUUACUAUAUUGGAAUUGAUUUUUAGAAAUAAUCAAUUCUCAUAGCAGAGAAAGCUUCAAGUUAAAAACUGUCUAAUUUCAGAGAAACAAAGAAUUUUUAUUGA